AUGGGGCUUGGUGAUAAGCUCUAUGACAAGCGGAAGUCCUCCGCAGUCGAACUCGAACAAGUCAUUCGAAACUGCCUGGAAGACGGAGAUAAAGUGAAAAUAGACACCAUCAUAACUCAGCUCAGUAGAGACUUUGCAUAUUCCAUCCACAACCCAAACGCGCGUAAUGGUGGUCUCAUUGGUCUUGCAGCUGCAGCCAUUGCACUGGGACAACACGAGGUCAGUAACUAUCUUGACGACAUUGUACACCCGGUGCUUGCCUGUUUUGGCGACCAGGACGCCCGAGUGCGCUAUUAUGCUUGCGAAAGUAUGUACAAUAUCGCCAAAGUGGCCAAGGGCGAAAUUCUUCCAUAUUUCAAUGAGCUGUUUGACGCUCUCUGCAAGUUGGCUGCUGAUACAGACGAGUCGGUUCAAAAGGGUGCCGACCUACUUAACCGACUCAUUAAAGAUAUUGUUGCCGAAAAGGCAGCGACUUACGUCUCAGUUGUAACCGAGGGCCCUCCAGAAAUCAUUCCAGCUCAAGUCGAAAGCAGCGACCCAAAUCAGUACGUGAUUGCAAACGAGCCCCCACAAGCCGAUAAACAUGCCGGUUUCGAUUCCCGCCAUACCGCAUUUUCACUCCCCAAGUUUAUACCAUUACUGAUGGAGCGUAUCUAUGUCAUUAACCCUGCCGCGCGAACCUUUUUGGUCUCGUGGAUCGUGCUGCUGGACUCGAUUCCAGACCUUGAACUAGUCUCAUACUUGCCUGCAUUUCUGGGCGGCCUGAUAAACUUUUUAAACGACCCCACAAGCGGCGUGCGAGUGGCUACCCACGCCGUGCUGGACAACUUUUUACAGGAAAUCCGGCGCAUCACUGACAUUAAAAGAACCGUGCAAGAAAACAAUGAAAGAAUCUUAAUGAGAAAACAGAUUCGGAGGCGAAAUGCAGAGGCCGCAGUGGCUGCCGCUGCUGCUGCAGAAGCGGCGUUAAAGGCAAAAGCUGCCGCAGACGAAGCUGCUGCGGCUGCGGCUGCGGCUGCUGCUGAUGCUGAUGCUGCUUCUAUUUCUGCUACUACUAUUGCUUCUAGUGAAACAGCAGUAGCAGUGGCAGCCGCAGCAGCAUCAUCACCAGAAACUUUAGAAGCACCUAAACCUGAAGAAGCAAAGGAGACUCCUGCUGAUGAGUCUGCUAAAGAACCCACGGCAGAAGAAUCAGAAGCACCUGCUAUGGACAAAAGUGCCACAGUUGAUGGUAGCCCUUUAACUAUUGACCUUAAAACGACACAUGCCCGCAACCGUAGUGUGAGCGAGCACGUUGCUUCGAUCGAUGCACGUGUUGCACCCAAAAAGGACGAAUCUGAACCAGAGCCUAAGGAAGAGCCCGAACCAGAGGUGCCAGCUUAUAAUCCCGCAUCUGAAGCGCCUUCUUCUGUUGAUUCUGACGAGGUUGCAGUUGAAGACGAAGACGAAGAAGAGUACGAUGAAGAUGAAGAAAAUGAGGGGUUUUAUAUCCCGGGUCAGGAUGUGGCAAUUGAGUUUGAAAAAAUUAUUGAAAUUUUAAUUUCUCACUUGGACUCAUCUGUCGAGGAAAUCCAAAUUGUGGUUUUGCGCUGGGUCGAAACCUUUUUAGAUAUUUCGCCAGAAAGUAUUUUGCCAUAUGGCCCCAGAUUUCUUUCUGUUUUACUGCCAACCAUGGCCUAUGAUGGUACCGACUUGCGCAAGGCUGCUGAAAAAGUUAACCAGAAACUUCUUGCUUUGAUCAUGUCGUUACCAGAUACUCUUGAUUUGGAGAAUGGGACAAGUGUGGAUCAUGAAGAUAGUGAAAAACAUUUACGUUUCUCCAAGUUGGAUUACCCCGCCAUGGUGAAUGCCUUGACGCUUCACUUUUUGGAUGAAAAGGAAGAAACCAGAGUUGCCGCAUUAGACUGGCUCAUUAUGCUGCACCGCAAAGUACCAAAACGUAUUCUGGCCAUCAAUGACGGAACUUUCCCAGCACUACUCAAAACGCUUUCUGAUCCAUCGGACGAGGUCAUUAAACGAGACUUGCGUCUAAUUGCACAGAUUUCAUACAACUCCGAUGAUGAGUAUUUUUCCGUCUUUAUGGUGAACUUGCUAAAUCUUUUUUCGACUGACCGCCGGUUGUUAGAAACAAGAGGUAACUUGAUUAUCCGCCAAUUAUGCCAGAGUCUCAAGCCAGAACGUAUAUACUGGACUCUUGCAGAAAUUUUGGAAAAAGAAGAAGAAGACUUGGAGUUUGCAAGUUUGAUGGUUCAAUAUCUUAACAAUAUUCUUUUGACCGCUCCGGAGCUUUCGCAGUUGCGCAUGCGUUUGCGUAACUUGCAAAACAAGGAAGGUGUAUCUUUUUUCACAGCAUUGUUUAGAUCCUGGUGUCAUAAUCCCUCAGCCGCUCUAACUCUAUGCCUUUUAGCUCAAGCAUACGAGUAUGCAUUCAUGUUGUUGCAAACCAUUGUUGAGUUUGAAAUUACAAUUCCUCUGCUGGUACAAAUUGACAAGCUGGUUCAGCUAUUAGAAUCGCCAGUGUUUACACAUCUGCGAUUACAACUUCUGGAGCCAGAAAAACAUCCAUUUUUGUACAAGUGUCUUUACGGAAUUCUGAUGCUACUUCCACAGUCCUCUGCAUUUGCAACCCUGCGUAAUCGUCUCAAUAGUGUUUCGUCGAUCGGUUAUUUGCAUGUGCCGUCAACUCUUACACGGUCUUCUGGAAGUACUGGUAGCACUGGUGCUGGGGGGGCAAGCAAACCGUUGAGUAGGUUGACUUCCGGAGCAAAUCCUAUUUACGAUGUCAAGUGGCCAGACUUGGUGAAGAAGUUUCAACAAGUGCAGCAGAAACACCAAGAUGCACGGAAUCGUACUGCGGCAGUUGCUGGGCUUGCAUACGGUGGAAGUGCUUUGAAUGGGCCUGGCAGUGCGGCAGCGACAGCAGCAGCGGAUUUUGGCCUGAGCUUGAGCAAACUUGGUGGAGGUGGACUGGGUGCCGGUUUAAGUCCAGGAGGAUCAAGUGUGGGGACAUCAUCAACAGCCACAGCCACUUCGAACCUGGGGUCUCCGCUACAUAUGCCGAUUGGGAUGAGUGAAGGUUACGGUGAAAACAACAAGAAUAAGAAUACAGAUGAAGGGCCUGCAAAACGCCGUGGAAGCAAGCCCCGAUUAAAUUCAGGAGGGUUACCGAGUGUGACGAGUCGGUACCUAAAGGCUGGAGGAGUUGUAGGCGCACAAUCGGCAUCACCAGCACCAUCAAUGUCCAGUGGAGGGAGUCGGGGUACGUUAGGGCCUGGAAGUGGUCGGCGACCAGUACUUCGGGCCCGUGAACCGGCUAGUGGUGGGCAGUCAUCAGCGGGAGGGUCUGCAACGAAUGGGGACACUCCUGCGACGUUUCUUGGGACGGUUCUUGGGGGUGGGAAUGCUGGUGGGGCUAAUUCAGGAGGCAAUGGGCCUGGAGCGAAACCUGGAGGAUCUGGGUUUGGUACAGGGUCUCGUAGUUUCCGUAGAUAG